AUGCACCGCCUAUUCGGCAAGAAGAAGCUCGAGGCGCCGCCUGUCAACGUCUCUGAUGUCGGGAGCAACGUGGACGCCCGCGUCGCUGAUCUGGACGUCAAGCUUGAGGCACUGGACCAGGAGCUCCGCAAGUACCGCGAGCAGCUGAAAAAGACACGCGGACCCGCCGGGAACGCCGUCAAACAGCGGGCGAUCCAAACGCUCAAACGCAAGAAAAUGAUUGAAGCGCAGCGCGAGAAGCUCCAGGCGCAGUCGUUUACGAUGGAGCAGGCCGUGUUCGCCAUUGACUCGUCGCGCGGCGCGGUCUCGACUGUAGCUGCUUUGAAGAGCGCCGCGGUGCAGCUGAAGGCAGAGACCCAGCAAAUUGACAUCUCCGAGCUGGAAGACGUGCAAGACGACAUGGCCGAGCUGAUGGCGGAGGUGGACGAGAUUCAGGAGAUCAUGGGGCGCUCGUAUGGCAUCGGCGAUGACAUUGACGAAGACGAAUUGGAAGCGGAGCUGGAAGGUCUGGAGGAAGACUGGGUCGAGGAAGCAGCUCGCAGUGAAGAAGCGGAGCAGAGACCGUCGUAUUUGGCACCAGCACAGAACCACGAGCUUCCUGCUGUGCCGUCUGGAAAGUUGGGCUCGUCGUCUGAGCGCGUUACGGACGAGUUUGGACUGCCCGUGGCAUCGUUCUCGACAUAG